CGGGGUGACUGGUGGGACUGGCCCCAGCGGCGCACCCCGCCGCUCAAACCUGCCCGGGAAGAGCCGCUUGCGCCCCGGGCGCCGGCGGCCCACCCCAGCCUCAGGUAACCGCGCCUCCCAACCACUCACCGCCCUGCCACCGCCUAUAUGUGGCCCGUCACGGUCGCCCAGCAAUGGAGCGAGCCUGCCGUCCUCCGUGAUGGAGCUGGCGGAGCGGUUCCUGCUCGACGCGCUCGCCUACCUUGAGUGCGCCUUUGGCUUCGUGGCCUUCGUGCUGCUCACGCUGGUGGGCUCGCCCUAUGGGCGCUACGCGUCGCAGCGCUCGGCCUGGCGGCUGGCGGCGCCUACCGCCUGGUUGGUGCAGGAGCUGCCCUCGUUGGUCGUGCCGCUCUUCGUGUGCUUCGGCACGGCUGCCGAGCGCCUCCGCCACUGGCCCAACCGCGUCCUCCUGGCCAUGUUCCUCGUCCACUACAUACAACGGUCCUUGAUUUUCCCAUUUCUGAUCCGAGGAGGGAAGCCUACACCAUUGUACUCAUGUGUAAUUGCAUUCAUAUUCUGUACCUAUAAUGGCUACUUACAAAGCAGAUACUUAAGCGAAUAUGCAGUGUAUGCUGUUGACUGGGUCACUGACCCCCGAUUCCUAACAGGUUUUGUCUUGUGGCUGGUAGGCAUGCUGAUAAACGUUCACUCCGAUCACAUCCUGAGGAAUCUCAGGCAGCCAGGGGAGACUGGGUACAAAAUUCCCAGGGGAGGCUUAUUUGAAUACGUAAGUGCAGCCAACUACUUUGGAGAAGUGGUUGAGUGGUGUGGCUAUGGCCUGGCCACCUGGUCUGUUCAAGGCGGGGCUUUCGCUCUGUUUACAUUUUGUGUUUUAUUCACGAGAGCACAACAGCAUCACCAGUGGUACCUUGAGAAAUUUGAAGAUUAUCCAAAAUCCAGGAAAACUCUAAUUCCAUUUUUGAUUUAAGUCCAUUAUCAGGGGGAUUAUCUUCAACUUGAUGCUUUUUUUAUAAUGUUUCUCUAGGGAUUAUAUAAAUGAAUUAUUUCUUUGUCAUU